CGUGCCCCAUGGCGCUGGCGGCGGUCCGCGCGCGGGUGCUGCGCUCCUUGAGCCGCUCCCCGCUCGCCGCCCGGCGCUGCGGCGGCUCCGCUCAUCUCCCCCCCGGCGUCUACGGCGCUUGGCAGGAACGGGCGGCCCGCGACCCCGCCGCUUUUUGGGCGGAUGCGGCGCGGGGGGCUCUGCGCUGGGACAGCCCCUUCCACACGGCCCGCGAGGCCGCCCCGGCCGGCGCUGGAGCCCGCUGGUUCCUGGGCGGCCGCCUCAACGUGUCGGUAAAUUGCUUGGACCAGCAUGUUGAAAAGUCUCCAGACAGAGUGGCUUUGAUAUGGGAGAGAGAUGAACCUGGAACUGCAGUGCAUGUCACAUACAGGGAACUUCUGGAUCUGACGUGCCGUCUUGCCAACACCCUGAAAAAAUAUGGGAUACAGAAGGGGGACAAGGUUGCCAUCUAUAUGUCCGUGUCUCCCCUGUCUGUGGCAGCCAUGCUGGCUUGUGCCAGGAUUGGUGCUGUUCACACCGUGGUCUUCGCGGGAUUCAGCGCAGAGUCCUUAGCUGGAAGGAUCAUGGACUCUGAAUGCAAAGCAGUUAUCACCUACAACCAGGGAGUCAGGGGAGGCCGAAUCGUAGAGCUGAAGAUGACAGUGGAUGAAGCUGUAAAGAACUGUCCAAGUGUCAAGCAUGUCUUUGUGGCACAGAGGACAGAUAACAAAACCCAGAUGGGUGACCUUGAUGUUCCCCUUGAAGAAGAGAUGGCCAAGGCAGCUUCUGUAUGCACUCCAGAGAGCAUGGACAGUGAAGACAUGCUUUUCAUGCUGUAUACCUCAGGCAGCACAGGGAAACCCAAAGGAAUCGUUCACACCCAGGCUGGAUAUUUGCUGUAUGCUGCUCUCACGCAUAAGUAUGUGUUUGACUAUCAGCAAGGUGAUGUCUUUGGCUGCGUGGCUGACAUUGGCUGGAUCACAGGACACAGCUAUGUUGUGUAUGGACCGCUUUGCAAUGGAGGCACCACGGUGCUGUUUGAAAGCACUCCAGUGUACCCUGACCCAGGCCGUUACUGGGAAAUGGUACAAAGGCUGAAAAUAAAUCAGUUUUAUGGAGCACCUACAGCUAUACGCUUGUUGUUGAAUUAUGGAGACAAGUGGGUGAAGAAAUAUGACAGAUCAUCCCUGAAGACCCUGGGAUCAGUGGGAGAGCCUAUCAACAACGAGGCUUGGCAGUGGUUCUACCACGUGGUGGGAGAAGGGCGCUGUACCCUUGUGGACACUUGGUGGCAAACAGAAACUGGUGGCAUCUGCAUUGCCCCACGGCCUUCAGAGGAGAAAGCUGAUAUCAUUCCAGCUAUGGCUAUGAGACCCUUCUUUGGGAUUUUCCCUGUUCUGAUGGAUGAAGAUGGAAAGGUUUUAGAGGGCAAUGAUGUGUCUGGUGCACUCUGCAUCACGCAGCCGUGGCCUGGCCUGGCAAGAACAAUCUACAGAGAUCACCAGAGAUUUGUUGAUACAUAUUUCAAAGCCUAUCCAGGUUACUAUUUCACGGGGGAUGGUGCUUACAGAACCAAAGAAGGCUAUUACCAGAUAACAGGGCGCAUGGAUGAUGUCAUUAACAUCAGCGGACACAGGCUUGGAACAGCAGAGAUAGAAGAUGCAAUGGCUGAUCACCCUGAUGUCCCUGAGACAGCUGUGAUUGGGUAUCCCCAUGAAAUCAAAGGAGAAGGUGCCUUUGCUUUCGUAGUGCUGAAAGAGCAGACAGCUCGUAUAGACCAUGUCAAAGAAGAGCUCAAAACUAUUGUGGCUACCAAAAUAGCAAAGUAUGCUGUGCCUGACCACAUUCUGGUGGUGAAACGCCUUCCUAAAACCCGAUCAGGGAAGAUCAUGAGGAGGCUGCUGAGGAAAGUAGUCACUGAGCAAUCAAGUAACAUGGGAGACGUCACCACACUUGACGAUCCAAGUGUCGUCACAGAGAUACUGGAUGCAUACCAGAAAUACAAAAAGGAGAAGAGUUCCUCAUAGCAGAUGCCUUUGGAACAUCUCUGCUCUGGAAAUGUGGAGGGUCUCGAAGGAUGAGCCAAACAACAUGGUUCUCUCUUGGUGCAUUCUGCAAAACUCUGUUCCCUUCUAGAGAAAUAGGAUUUCUUCUCCACAAAGUGUUUUGAGUUGUUCAGAGCUAGGAGCCAUCUGCUUGCACAGUCAGGGAGCUCCUUUUCACUGCUUCUAGGGCAGCCAUUGGCAGUUUCCAUUAGCUGUGGUGAAAAUAAUAUGAGGUAAAACAAGAUGAAGAUAUUAAUAUUUCUCAUUUCAAUGGUUUUAUACAAGGAAAUGUUUUUAUACUAUACUUUCGCUUUUUUAAGAGCAGCCUUGGAAUACAUUCCUUCUAUUUUUCCUUCAGCUUGGAUAUCCAGGUUCAAGUUGUUUUUAACUGCAACUGUGGUGCCUUUUCAGCAAUGCUGGGUUUUUUAGUAGAUAUUUCACAUGUAUUAUUAGGGAAAUGAGAAGGACAUGGCUAAUCAGAUAUUUAUCUCAUGUUCUGAUAAUUCCUGUGGCUUUCCUCAUAAUGACUUGUGCCUUCCACUAUAUUUACAGAACUUCCCUGAGAUCAUGAGCCUGUGUUUCAUCAUGUCACACCUACACAACCUAGCGUUAGCACUUCCAGCUACAAAACUGAGCCACAAAGCCUAUCUCUGAACUCUGCACAUCCUCAGUGCAUUGCCAGUUGUGUAUGAGGGAACUGGCUAGAGGUGUUUUCAUUCUGCUUUAAGAAACUGAGAUCACCAACUGGGAUUUUAGAGCAACUUUCCUCUUCCUCAUUGGUGAUGAUAAUUUCUGUAGUUUUCUUUAUUUCUUCAAGUCAUUAUGAAAAGGAAACCAUAUUUACUUUGCUGUCUGUUAGAGGAGCAUGGAGGAGUAAAAUCCCAAAGUGCUCAAGAAACGUUUGAAGCUAAAGAGAUGUGCUAGAAGGUUUGUUGUGACUUGCUGAGUUCUAUGAUUUCUAGUCAGUGAAUGGCUAUUUUAGCCCACUCCCAAAUGAUCUAUAAUCAGACAGGCAAUCAACAAAGACAGGCACCCAAUUUGAAGGUAGGUUGGUUCUUUCAUCAGAAGUUGUCUUAACGCUUGUCAUUUCAAGAUGUGCCCUGUCAUGUCUGUCACUUCCAUAUGCUGCUGUGCUGAUCUUCCAGCACAUGCCAUGCUGGUACACACAGAUUGCACAAUCCACAAGAAGGAAGUAUGUCUUAGAUGCUUUCUGGGAAAUGAUGGUUGUAUUCCAGACUAGCAACCUCAGAAUAACAGGAAACAAUAGUCUUUGUCUUUCAUAUGCUUUCCAAAGCAAGGAGUGGUGAGUUUUUGGCCAGCAGAGAUUGUUGUUGGAUUUUUAAAUCUAAAUGUUUCCAGGGUCUGGGUAAUACAGCAGGGAAGAUCAUACUUUGUUGUGAUUCCCAUCCUUCUGACUGCAAUCCAUUUUUGCCUGAGGGAAGUAUACAGCCUGUGGACUUUGUGGGAAGUUGAGGAUCAAAAAGUUUGACAUAGCUGACAGACUGUUAAUAUUUCAGGAGACGGCCACUACAUACAUCCUCUGUUGCCACUGCAGAAAUAAAACCCCUCUUCCUUAAGUGAUUUUCGAGUGGGAAGCUGACAGUAGUUGAUGCUUUUGACAGAAAAAGUAGACUCUCUUGUUUAGACAGGCUGUCUGCACACACACAGUCUCCCCCACACAGUCUGAAAUAUAGGGUGGAGAAAGAGAAGUGGUCUUUGAACAAAAUCAUACACUUUAUUUUUAAUCAAGAAAGCAUUUUCUAUGUUACAGAAUUUCCUUGUCCUUUGGACCUGAAAUUUCCAUGUGAAGUUCCAGUAUUCACUGACAUUUGAUCUAAUUCAUCCGAACUGCCUCACAAGGACUGGCUGUGUGAGGAGCUGUGUGCUUUGGUGCACUGAGACACUGUUAUCCAAUUCAUCUGAUAAGGGAAAAGGGGAGAUAAGAGUACUGCUUCACCUGCAUCUGUGUAUUCUGAGGCCCCUUUGGAUGCUCAUAGAGAGCACAUGGUACUGUCAUAGAAUCAUAGAGUCGUCAUGGUCAGAAGAGAUCACUAAGAUAAUCAUGUCCAAUCAUCACCACUAACCAUGGCUCUCAGUUCCACAUCUCUACAUCUGUGGAACGUGCAUUAAGUUUUCCAGCCUUAGAAGUCCUCCUUUCAUCUUUUUUUCUGUAACCUCUAAUUGCAGUGGUUGCACUACCGGUGCUAGUCUGAGUUGAGCUGAGCAUUUUGCUAUUUCCUGGAUGUGGUGAGCACCAGCAUUGGUGUGUUUGUCAAUAGUGCUUUCAGCUUCAUGUGCAGCUGUUUCAUCCCCCGUCCGGACUUUGCUUUGAGGAGGGACUCAGCCUGUAGAACUGGCACUGAGGUCCUCAGUUCUUGCAAUACUAGGAGGAAGAUGUCACUAGCAAAAGACUUCAGGCCUGUUGUCUUUUGAGCUGAUGCACUCUCAUCUGUGGAGAAGGUAGCUGUACUUGGAAUAGUUCAUAGUGGGAUCAUGGGGAUUCUCUUGUGUGUGGUUGCUUCAUUUGGGAAAGCAAAACUGAUGGACCUUUGUACAUCCACGAUUAACGUGGGGGUGAUGUGCUAGGUUGCAUUUGUAACCUCAUCAGAAGAGUUUCAGAGUUAGUUUUACCUGCUGCAGUCUGACACAAAGGGCAAAUGAAAACAUUCAACAAGGGACACAAGGCCUGCUAGGGGAGCGGUGCCUCUAUGUCUGUUGUGGCAGCAUCUAGUAGUAAUAUAACCUUGCCGUGCCCGUCCAUCAUGUUCUUACCUCAUUUUCCCACUCAGAUGUACCCAUGAAACCUGAUCUUGGUGUCUUUUUUCCCACCCGAGAGACCAGACCACGAUUUUCUUAAUUUUAGGAAACAAAAAGGCAUCUCCUUGUUGUACAGAUUAAUGCUUCAUUUUGCUGCUGUUGUUGUUUUAAUUACCAUACUUCGCAUUUAUUGUCAUUGACCGAAAUCCGCGAUCUCCGUAUUCAGAUUUUCAUUAAAAGAAGCAUCCACUUCU